AUGGGAAUAGUAGAAAAAACAAAUAAUUUAGAUAGGCUUCUACUUGUAUUUGUACAUGGUUUUAGAGGUACUGAUACAAGUUUUAAGGAUUUUCCUAAUAGACUUCAAACUCUGCUUACAAAUACUAUUAAAGCCAAUGUAAAUGCACUAAUUUAUCCUUCAUAUAAAACUGCGGGCGAUCUUCGAAUUGCAGUUGAAAACUUUUCAUCAUGGUUGUGUGAUCAGGUGUCAAAAAUUCAAUUAGAAUUAAAUCAAUUACAAAGUACUGGAAAAAUAAUGAUUGUCCUUCUUGGUCAUUCUAUGGGUGGCAUUGUUUCUGCAGAAACGAUUUUAAGGUUUCAGGAUAAUAAAAAUAAUGAGAAGCUGAAAGGAAAAAUCAUUGGUUUACUCGCAUUUGAUACACCCUUCUUUUCAAUUAAUGAAAACUUUGUUACUGAUAAGGCUGUAUCAAGUUUGGAGAAAGUGAGGGGUCUUAGUACUUUGUGGAAUACAGGCACUGCAACUAUGACGACAGCAGCAACAGUUGCUAAAAGUAUGACAGCAAGUGGCCAUACGAAUACUACAAGCAAUAACAAUAAUAGACGUAGUAAUAAUAAUGUUAAUAAAUGGGGUCUGUUUGCUGGUAUAAUAGGUGCUGCUGCUAUAGGUACUACUGCCUAUAUAGCCCGUGAUAAGAUUCAGGCUACAUUAACAGAUGUUUAUGAUCAUUUAACAUUUAUUAGCGAUCUAACUGAUAUAAAUGGAUGUGAUGAGAGGUAA